GUCAGCUGAUCUGCCCACGAGUCAAGGACAGAAUGAUUAGCUGUGGUCCUUUUCCGUAAUGAGGGUUGCUCUCUCCCCCUCGGUUUAUAUUACACUUUUAUUUUUAUUUUUUUAAAGUUAAACAGUAUUGAAUUGGUCAGAAAUCGAUUAUAUGACUUGCUUUUCUCUAGGCUUUCAUAAAGGAAAGCUGGCAGACCUGUCACAACUCGGACUGCGGAAGUGUACUACACUUCCUCUUUGUUGACAUAUCGGGGUCGCAGCCGAACAAAACACCGUACCUCACUGUACCUCAGGAAGUGAAUAUAAAAUGUUGUGAUGGUGACAUGAGUGUUUAUUAUGCGGGACGCUGUUUUAGAAGACGCUCGUCAACGUUUUGUGUGCAUUUACGGCAGAGUGAAAUAGUUGCAAGCCACAGCUUCACUGCUAAGUAACACGAACAAUGCGGUUCACAGCUGUUCCCUACGACCUGGGUUUGCUGUGCUGGGUCAUAGUACUGGUCUCGGUGCCGAUAGGGACCUCUUUGCCGAUCCAGGAGAACGCGAAACCAGACAUAACGUUUCUGGAGGAAGUCGGUCGUCUCAGGGUCGGGUUCAACUGGCAAAACCUGACCUGUCCGGUGUGUAAAACCCUCUUCACCAUCCUUGACAUCGCUCUGCUGAGUGAUGUGAACGAAGAGCGGAUUGCGAAGGUCGCGGGCGACGCCUGUAUUCGCCUCCAUCUGGCUGACGAGCAGGUCUGUCGUCAAAUCACAGAGCUGUUCAGAGAUGACUUCAUCAGGGCUUUGCAGCGGUCUCUCUUGUGGCCGUCCGAGGCCUGUGCCCUGCUCGUGGGGAAGUCGUGUGGACACUUCGACAUCUACGCCACAUGGAAUGUCACCCUCCCCCGGGUCCCCAAACCCCCUGUCACUCCUCCCACACCUCCCCGGCCAGGUGCUCCUCAGAGCAGGGUCCUGUUCCUCACGGAUAUCCACUGGGACAAGGACUAUGCUGUGGGUAGCUCUGCGGACUGUAAGGCCCCUCUGUGUUGCCGUAACGACUCCGGGUCUCCCCGGCGACACCGGAUGGAGGCUGGGUUCUGGGGCUCCUACAGCAAAUGUGACCUGCCUUUGAGAACGGUGGAGAACCUGUUGGAGAACGCAGCCAGAAACGGCCCGUGGGACUGGGUCUACUGGACCGGAGACAUACCGGCCCAUAACGUCUGGUCCCAAACCAGGAACCAGCAGCUGUCUGAGCUCACCGUCGUCACCCGGCUCAUACGCAGUCACCUUGGGAACGUGGCUGUGUACCCUGCGAUCGGUAACCAUGAGAGCACCCCGGUUAACAGUUUCCCCCCGCCCUUCGUCCAUGGCAACCGGUCAUCCAGCUGGCUCUAUGACACCAUGGCUGAGGAGUGGGCGCCGUGGUUACCAGAAGAGGCCCUGAAGACUCUUAGACACGGUGGGUUCUACACGGCCCAGGUCCAGCCGGGCCUGCGAGUGAUUUCCCUCAACAUGAACUUCUGCGCCAGGGAGAACUACUGGCUGCUGGUCAACUCGACCGACCCAGCCAACCAGCUGCAGUGGCUCGUCCAGAUAUUACAGACCAGUGAGGACGAGGGGGAGAAGGUUCACAUAAUUGGUCACAUUCCUCCUGGUCUGUGUCUGAGCAGUUGGAGUUGGAACUACUACCACAUCAUCAACAGGUAUGAAAGUACCAUCAUGGGUCAGUUCUUCGGCCACACCCACGUUGAUGAGUUCCAGAUGUUUUAUGAUGAGGAGACUAUGACGAGGGCUUUGGGCGUGGCCUACAUCGCACCCUCAGCCACCACUUACGUCAACCUGAACCCAGGUUACCGGGUCUACCUGGUGGACGGUAACUAUGACGGCAGCUCCCGGUUCGUCCUGGACCACGAGACAUACAUCCUAAACCUGACCGAGGCUAACCACAAGCCCGGCGGGUUCUCCACCCUCACCCCUGACCCCGAACCCAAAUGGACCCUCCUCUACCGCGCGUCCGAGGCCUACGGCGUCUCCUCCCUCUUCCCGUCGGACUGGGACGGCCUGAUCCGGACCUUCCUCCAGGACGACCGGGCGUUCCAGCGGUUCUGGUAUCUUCGGCACAAAGGCCACGUUUCGGAGCCGUGCAUUGACACCUGUAAGACCUCCGUUCUCUGUUUCCUCCGGUCGGGGAGGUAUGAAGAACUGGAGCGCUGUGACUUGUUGCAGGACCCAGCGGGCCGGGCGGUCAGAUCGGUCCGGAAGACCCUGUGUUGAUUUGGGUCAGGUUCUUGUCUUGGGUUGACGUUAAGUUGCUGGAGGGUGGGGAAGUUGGGUCUGUCUGGGUAAAUGCACCCUGAUGGUGUGGGGUUCAUCCACUGAGGAACCACGCUGAGAUGAGGCCUUCAAACCUCACAUGUUCAUUGUCAAGUCUUCCACAGUUGGCAUUCAUUGUAUUGAUUUAGAAAUGUAAAGUACCUAAUGGUGUCCCAGAUGCUGUGAGUGAAUGGGUUGGGUGGACAGACCAGUAUAGAAAAUAUGUGGUGAUUAAAUCACUUGACACUAUUUUUGGAUUGAGCUGCAGCUAUUACCUGUCUUUCCGCUCAUAUGGACAUUUAGGUGCCGGUUUUCACAAAUAUUAAGCUCCUGAAAUAAAAAAAGAAUCAAUUGAAAAAAAAAAUCUUUUUUUUGUCCAGGACUAGGCUUAAUCUGAGUGUGAAAUCUCCCCUUGGUGUGUUCAUAUAACCAGCUACUGAACUUUGCCGGGAUCCAAUCGGAUCACACUUGGCUGUGUUUUACGUGUGAGCAUCACAAAAGGUUUGAGUUACUGCAAACCCAAAAAUGUUCCCUCUGAAAGCUGCAUUGCUGAUGGAUUCCAAUCAGAUUGGUAUUGUGAAAAAUCUGCCUUAAGAUUGAGUUAUUUGAUGCACAUCCCUUCCAAAUCACCGGUUAUUAAUGUGACAAUAUUAGAAUGUACAGCAAUACUUCCCUGCACUUUAAUUUUCCUUUUUGUCUGUAUUGUAUAUGUGGAACACUUGAAAUGAAUGAAAAUAUGAAUAUAUUGUUGGAAAAUAAAGAUGCGCUUAGAGAUUGACAAA